AUGGGAUCAUCAACUUGCCAAAAAAGAAAAAAGAAAAAUCAAUCGACUCCAGUAAUUUUUGGUUCUGUGUUGUUGGCCAGUUCAAUUUUCAUGAACUUAAUCGCCCUUCUGUACGUUUUUAAGUUUAAAGGGAAAAAGCCAAAGAAGAUUGUGGUUGUUCCAGGAGUGAACUUAAGAAGUUUUAGCUACAAUGAGCUAGAAGAAGCUACAAAUGGAUUCAAGGAAGUAUUAGGAACUGGGGCCUUCUCAACAGUUUACAAAGCGGUUCUUGAUGACGAAAAUGGGAAAGUUGUUGCUGUCAAAAAACUAAACAAAAUGGUAACAAAAGGAGAAGAAGAAUUCGUAGCUGAAGUGAAUUCAAUCAGCAGGACUAAUCACAAGAACUUGAUUCCAGGCUUAUCUGGUCCAAAAGGGUACAAGUUUCUAUUGACAGCUGCCAAAGGACUUGGCUAUUUGCAUGAAGAGUGCAGUACCGAAAUUAUACAUUGUGACAUCAAACCCCCAAAUGUGCUUUUGGAUGAAAGUUUGAUAGCAAAAAUAGCAGAUUUUGGUAUGGCCAAGCUUCUGAGAAAAAAUCAAACUCGAACAACCACUAGGAUACGUGGAACGAGAGGGUAUGUAGCCCCAGAGUGGUUCAGAAACGUGCCUAUAAAUGUGAAGGUGGAUGUGUACAACUUCGGGGUCUUGCUCUUAGAGUUGAUUUGCUGCAGAAAAAAUUAUGAGCAGGAGGUGGAAAAUGAGAACGAAAUUAUACUAGUGGAGUGGGCUUUUGAUUGCUAUAAAAGAAACGAAUUGCAUCUACGUGUGGAUAAUGAUGAAGAGGCAUUAGUAGAUAUCAAGAGGUUUGAGAAGUUCUUGAUGGUUGCUAUUUGGUGCAUUCAAGAAAUUCCAGCAUUAAGGCCUAGCAUGAAUAAAGUCAUACUAAUGCUUGAAGGUUCUGUUGAGGUGUCAAUUCCUCCAGACCCUUUUUCCUUUAUCAAUUUUGUAUAG